AUGGCUAUAGGCUUAGUAAAGACAGUGCAGAUGGAGACAACGCACUCAGUAGCAACAAAAGACCCCAUCAAGGUUUCGAUUCACGACGAUGCAGAGCUCUCAGAAGAACUGGCCGAACAUGUCAUCGAGGAAGAGUAUUACAUUGAUCCCCAAGAUGAGAGUGCACUAACAAGAAAGUUAGACACGCGCCUGCUCCCAAUGCUGGCUUUUAUGUACUUCCUUUCAGCUUUGGAUCGUUCAAACAUUGGAAACGCUUACACCUCCGGAAUGAAAGAAGAUUUGCGGCUAACUUCCCAUCAAUACUCCAAUGCAGUUUCUGUGUUUUACUCCACGUACCUCGCAGCAGAAUUACCAGCCGUAUGGCUACUAAAGAUCGCAAAACCUCGCUACUAUAUGUCUAUUUUGGUAUUCUGUUGGUCGGUCAUCACACUUUCAAGCGGUUUUGUCAAAAGUUAUCACUCUUUGCUCGCAACGAGAAUUCUGCUAGGGACUUUUGAGGGCGGUUUCUUUCCUGCAAUGACCUUGCUGAUCACCAUGAUGUACAAGCCCAAGGAGCAAGCUAAAAGGAUUGCCUUUUUCUUCGGAUCAUCUGCAUUAUCUGGUGCUUUUGGCGGACUCAUUGCCACUGGGCUGGCCUCCGUGAACAAUGCAGGAGGUCUUGAGGGUUGGAGAUGGCUCUACAUUAUUGAAGGCCUGAUUUCCGUUUGUGCCUCCUUCUGGCUAUUUUUUGGGCUACCAGACAACCUGGACAAAAUGAAGUUUCUAAAUGAGCGAGAGCUCAGCCUCAUGCAAAUCCGGGAGAAGCAAAGAAUUCAAUAUAUGGGUGCGGAUCCAGCCUUUAGCUGGGGUCAAGUCUGGCUGGCAUUCAAAGACUUCAAAACUUACUUCGCUUUUGUAAUCCAAUUCUGCCAGGACAUUAUCCUCUACGGCUUCAGUACAUUUCUCACAGCGAUCCUAAAGUUGGGGUUGGGUUACAGUUCACGCGAAGCUCAAUACAUGAGCGUGCCGGUGUACAUUCUUGCCGCCAUUGUGUUCAUGGUAUCUGCUUAUGUGAGUGACCGUCUGCAGGUCAGAGGUCCAGUCUUCUUCUGUUACAACAUACUAGGUGCGACAGGCUAUAUCAUCCUGCUCGCGGUCGACAACAACGCGGUCAAAUACUUUGCCUGCUACCUGAUCACAUUCUCGCUUUACACUGGGACGGGCCUAAACAUUACGUGGCUGACCAACAACGUUGCUCCUCAUUACAAGAGAGCAACGGCUCUGGGACUUAACCAAACUCUUGGAAACCUUUCAGGCGCUAUUGUGGGACAGGUCUACACAAAGUCACCGUAUGUCUUUGGUAACUCAUUUUCCCUAGGCUGUAUUGUUCUUUCCAAUAUUCUGACAGCAGUUCAGAUAGCUUGGCUGGUCAAGCUCAACAAGGAUAAAGCUGCGAUUUUGGCGGGGACCAAAAAGGACACAAAGAAGGAGAGAAUUGGCGACGAAGCUUUGGACUUUAAAUAUUGCUUGUGA